UGCGGAAGUUUAAUAUUCCGUUUUGUCGUGGUGGAAUCGAGUUCAGAUCGCUAACGUACUUAAGUACAAAGGUUUAAUGAAUUUAAAUGACAAAUAGUGUAUUUUUUCAAUACCGCAUAGUGUUUUUCUCGGAUUUUCCGGUUACAGCAUGAGUUCCCAGAUGGGAUUUUAAAGCCGUUUGGUCUGUUUCUGUUGUUUGACGAGGUGUGGUGAGAGGUUGCGGAGGAGUGAAGGAAUGACUGAAUAUAAACUGGUGGUGGUGGGAGCUGGAGGCGUGGGCAAGAGCGCUCUCACCAUCCAACUCAUCCAGAACCACUUUGUGGAUGAAUAUGACCCAACUAUAGAGGAUUCCUAUAGGAAACAGGUGGUGAUCGAUGGAGAGACGUGUCUACUGGACAUCUUGGACACUGCAGGUCAGGAGGAGUACAGCGCCAUGAGAGAUCAGUACAUGAGGACGGGAGAGGGAUUCCUUUGUGUAUUUGCCAUCAAUAAUACCAAGUCUUUUGAGGACAUUCAUCAGUACAGGGAACAGAUCAAACGGGUAAAGGAUUCGGAUGAUGUGCCUAUGGUGCUUGUGGGUAACAAAUGUGACCUCCCAGCUCGGACGGUGGACACGAGGCAAGCGCAGGAGCUCGCUCGAAGCUACGGGAUCCCUUUCAUCGAGACCUCGGCCAAAACCAGACAAGGUGUGGAGGAUGCCUUCUAUACCCUCGUACGAGAGAUCCGUCAGCACAAAAUGAGGAAGCUGAACCCUCCAGACGACAGCGGCCAGGACUGCAUGAGCUGCCGCUGCGUUGUGUCGUGAUCAAGCUGACCAGCGCGUGUUGACCAGCUCAUGGCUCCCCAUGGCAGACUGGACCAGUGAGAAACGACAACCGUCUCAUCUGAAAGUGACUGUUAACAAAAAGCAAACAAGGCCGCCUGCGUAGCGGACAUUUGAAUCAGGAACGAGUCUUGCUUUGACCACCUGGUUCACCUUUUUGUCUGUCCACGUCUGCCUGAUAAACACCACUAAUGACUUACUCGUGUAUGUUCUUUAUUUGUAACCCGUGCUGGGCGGCUCUGUGGAUUUCUGCUAAAUUAUUGUUCUUGAAGUCUCAACACUGGUCUUAUAUGAACUCGGCACCUCUCAUGACCUCAACAACACACGAAAAACCUUCCUCGGCUCAGAUUGCAAUGACUGGACACUUGUGACCUCAUCCCACGUCCCCGUUCCCUUCAGUUACACCUCACGGACAGCAUACCGGUUGGGGGGAGAGAGUCGUACAAUUUACUCUGGAGGCGCUGUGCCUCCGUCAUCGGUCGGAGAUAUUUGUUUUGCUUAACAUGCAGGUUGUUUUAACAUACGUUUGUGAAUAAAGCUACGUGGAAAUCCACACGGGCGCAUUAGUUAUGUGUGCUGGUUCAUGUGUAUGCUACGAAAGAACGUUACUAUUAGAAAAUUAAAAUGGCUGACUGAAUUUUCAAUAAUAAAACUGUUGAUCUGUUUUGAAA